UAGAAAAGCUUCCACACAAUAAUUAUUAGCCGGGAAAGAAUAAAGUGGGCACUGGACCUAGCGAUGCGUUCGUCAGAUACGUGUCCUUGAAUGUUGCGGCUGGUUGACCGUCUCUCUCACAGACUCAGUCUACUAGAGAACGAGUCAUUUCAGAGGGCAAAGUGAGGGAGAGGAGGAAGAGCACGACGCAGGAGAAGGAGGCGCCGCAGAGGACCCAGCAGGACAGUAAACAGAAGGUUUCCCGCGUGGCAGGAGAGGGCAAGAUGGCCAAAAUGUGGGACGAGCAGCGGCGCCUUAAGGUGGUGGUGGUGGGGGACAACACGGUGGGGAAGAACUCCCUCCUCAUCUCCUACAUAACCGGGAAGUUCCAUGAGCCAUACGUGCACAAAAUGUACGAAUACACGGGCACGCACACGGUGGACGGGGUCUCCUACCCUCUCUUCAUGUUGCGCACGGCCGCCAAGGAGGACUACGACAGGCUGAGGCCCUUAUCCUACCACGGGGCGCACGUGUUCAUCCUCUGCUUCGCCCUCGACAACCGCGCCAGCUUCGAGAACGUCUCCUCCAAGUGGCUGCCUGAGCUCCACAAGCACUGCCCCAAGACACCCAUCGUGCUCGUAGGUACCAAAAUGGACGUGAGGAACCUGGACGUGCUAAUGCCCCACGACGGCAAGGAGCUGGUCGAGCGUCACCAGGUGUCCAAGUACGUGGAGUGCUCGGCCAAGACUCAGGAAGGGUUACAAGAGGUCUUCGACGCCGUCGUGAGGGCCGCCAUUGCCGCAGUGGCUCAGCGAUCACGCCGUUGUGUUAUCAUAUAGCGGGAGAUUUACCUAGACCUCUCCUUUUAAUCUCUUGUUAUUAUAUAAUUUUACGGGACUUAUUUGUGUAGGUUUGCCCGAGAGUGAGGGAGGAGGUGUGAAAUGGCUGUGUAAUGGUAUAGUGUGCUCUUAUGUACUAUCGUAACCACUCCUUCCGAGCCCACCAAAAAUCGGCGCUCACUCACAAGGGUAAGCAGUGGCAACGCCUGGUCCCUCUCCUCCUCCCAUGGGAGAAGUGACUGACAAGUGUCAUCUAUAAAUACCUUCCAUGUGAGAGAGAGAGAGAGAGAGAGAGAGAGAGAGAGAGAGAGAGAGAGAGUGUUACAACACAUUCACACAUAAGUUAUGCAUGUCCAGCUUCUGUCAGUGCUUCUGCUUACUCUCUCUCUCUCUCUCUCUCUCUCUCUCUCUCUCUCAGGCGUAUCUCAUCAACUACGGAAGGAAGAUAGCUGAUAAAGAGUGUACCGAUUGUGUGUGUGUGUGUGUGUGUGUGUGUGUGUGUGUGUGUGUGUGUGUGUGUGUGUGUCCAAAUCUAGGUGCGUGAAUUGACUAAAUGGUUGGUUGACUGCGUGACUGAGUGGCUGACUGGGUGACAGAUUGAGUGACUGUCUGAAUGAGUGAGUGAGUGGUGUACGUGGAUGUGUAAGUCUCAAUGGGAGUUUUCCGUUUUUCCUUUUUUGGGUGUUGAUUCCUUUUUAAUUGUCCUGUGUUUAGUUUCUUUACUAUUCAUGAAGGGAUUUUUUUCUGAUUCCGGGUGUCUAUUCUUAUUCUUCACACACACACACACACACACACACACACACACACACACACACACACACACAUAGAGACAGACAGACAGACAGACAGACAGACAAAAAGACAGACACACACACACACACACACACACACACACACACACACUUGUGACCUAUCUCCAGUCCGAUUUCUCGUCUUUCAACACAAUUCUCAUUUCUGUUUGCAUUCAGUAAUUUUCUCCCGAAUCCUCCUCUAAUUUCUAAUUCCCACAGCAAUCCCUGAUGUGGAACUUUAGGUUUAAAAAGGCAUUUGAUAAAGAAUGAAUGAAAAAUUACCUAACAAACAGAGAAAUGAGAGCAGUGUUGAAAGAUGAGAAAUCAGACUGGAAAAAGGUCACAAGUGGAGUUCCACAGGGAUCAUCAGUGUUAGCGCCUAUAAUGUUUUUAAUAUAUAUAAAUGAUAUGUAAUAAAACAGUAAAGAGUUA